AUGCAUUUCAUCACCAUCGCCCAGGUCGCCGCCACUCUGGCCGUCGCCCUCCCGGCUUUUGCCCUUCCUGUCCUCCCCGACCAGGCCAUGGCGGCCCCUCUUUCGCGUCGCCAAGCAGCCUGCCAAUUCGGUGCCGAUGGGAAGGUCACUUCGAAAGGUGCAUGCAAAUACGUGUCCACGCCGCCGAAGAAGGUUAUGGCCGGCACCCUCUGGCUCCCUGGCAAGGGCGGGAUCAACCCAUUGGAUCUCCCCACCGGCGGCGACGGAUCGAUGUACGGCAAGCGGGACGAGGUCGCCGAGCAGGCCAAGGAGGCUGAGGAGGAAGCGGACCUUGAGUAA